AUGGAUUACUCAGAGCCUGUCCCGCAAGCCUCUCCCUCGCAUGAUCCCGCCCUGGAGGACGCGAGCAUGCACACCGUUACUGCCUCAUCUGUCAACGCUCUGCCCCAUAUCCACAACCACAACAUCUCAGACUCUGCCGACUCUACUCGUCGACCCCAGACAUCCUACUCCGACACUGGCUUUACUUCGCAUUACCAAUCACAAGACAAUACCCCCGACGCCCAACACCACGAAGAUCCGAUGCAACAAUACCCCUCGAGACCGAGCUCUCGUCUAAACCGUCAGAACAGCGACUACAGCGAUCAAAAUGCUCAACGACAACAAGCCCAGAAGAACGCUAGCGUUGUCAUCAAGGUUGGAAUGGUCGGUGAUGCGCAAAUCGGCAAGACCUCCUUGAUGGUCAACAUCCGCAACACCGAGAUCACCUUCUCCAUCUGGGACUUGGGCGGUCAGCGUGAAUUCGUCAACAUGCUACCCCUUGUCUGCAACGAUGCCGUCGCCAUUCUUUUCAUGUUCGACUUGACCCGCAAGAGCACACUUAACUCAAUCAAAGAGUGGUACCGUCAAGGCAGGGGCUUCAACAAGACCGCGAUUCCAUUCCUGGUCGGCACAAAAUACGAUCACUUUGUCAACUUCCCGCGUGAGGAACAAGAAGAGAUCAGUAUGCAGCGCUUUGCUAAAGCAAUGAAGGCAAGCCUGAUUUUCAGCAGUACAAGUCACAGCAUCAAUGUUCAAAAGAUCGUGCUAUCAAAAGCAUUCGACCUGCGCUGUACGAUCCCUGAGAUCGAACAUGUAGGCGAACCAUUGCUCCUCUACCAGCACGUUGGAGAGUCGCGCCCUUAA